AUGGCCGCGAAUCACAAACCAAUUCCAUCAUUAUACACGGUCUAUAUACUGAGAUCCACCGUACGACAUGCAUCGCUCUAUAUCGGCUCCACUCCAAACCCUCCCCGACGCCUAAAGCAGCACAAUGGGGAGGCCAAGGGCGGCGCGGCGCGGACAUCUCGCCCAAGUCUCCGGCCGUGGGAGAUGGUAGGCCUUGUUUCGGGCUUUCCCAGCUUGGUAGGGGCUUUAAAGUUCGAAUGGGCACUCACAAACCCCCAUAUAUCUCUACACAUCCCCUUCGAAUCACGCAUCAGUGUUACGUCUGGUCGGAAACGCAACGGCAUGCCGAAAAGGCCACGGUCAAGCUUGAAUUCGAUACUUCAAAACGUACACCUGCUUCUCCGGGUUGCCAGCUUUUCGCGCUGGCCUUUGAAGCUUCACUUCUUCGCCCCAGAGGUUUAUGAGGCGUGGAAUAAACUUCUCGUUACUGUUUCUUCAUCAUCUACAUCAAGCAACGCCGUGCCGCUGCGAGCAUCCCUUGAUGUACUGACAGAUUUUGGGCCGGAGGCAGAGGCGGCGACAGUGCAGAGUGACAUGCACAAGGAAAGCGAUUUGUCACCAGAAGACAAGCCUGACGCAGAUGGCGAUUUGGCCCGGAGGCCCUGGGGAAUACAUGCUUUACCACUAGAGUACGAAGAUGUCAAGGACUACGUCUCCAAGGGUCGUUCCGUCUUCGGAUUCGAACGUGAGGGCAAAUGCGUCGUUUGCGAUGAUACACUAGACGACGAAUCCCAGAGGGGACUAUUGGCGCUAUGCACCAAUGACGGCUGCGAGGGUGUUGGGCACCUGACUUGCUGGAGCCAGCGUUUCCUUCAGGAGCAAGAGAGAAGCAAUGAAGCGGCAGCCACGGAAAUAGUGCCGAUACAGGGUACUUGUCCCUGUUGUGGGGGGAUGAUCAAAUGGGGAGAUAUGAUGAAGGAACUUACUCUAAGGACGAGAGGUCAGAAGGAAGUGGACAAACUGUUGAAGCCAAAGCGCAAACCGAGGAAGCCUGCUGAAGCAAAACCGGAAACCGAGGAACCCUAUCGUACAGUUGCAGACGACAGAAUAGUGAUGAUAUUUUGAUUAUAUCAUUUUGAUAUCAGCGCACGUUGGUCUGGGAGAGCUUUGUGGGGUCAAUCUCGAUUGUAGAGACUGUCAAGCUGGCCGACUGAGUGGCCGUA